CCGUAACCCUUAUUUAUAAAUUUUAUCGCACCCCUCAUGGACAUAAAAUCCUUACUAACAAAGAAUCUCCCCUCAACACUAAAGAAGCCUUCAUCAACCCUACACUACGGCACAUCGGGAUACCGUGACAUUCCAUCAAAACUGCCCAUCUCCCGCACAACUCUAUGUGCAUACAUGCGCUCAUCAACCCUGGCCGGCAAGUACAUAGGCAUUCUGCUCACCGCCAGCCACAACCAUGCACGUGAUAACGGCAUCAAGCUGGUGGACCACAACGGUGAAAUGUUCGAUCAUACCUGGGAGACCAUCGUGAACAAAAUCGUAAACUGUGAAGACAACACGUUCUACAGCGAGCUGAACAAGGUGCACAGGAACUACGGCAAUUUUAGACAGUUUGGUGAUGGACCAAAGGCAAAUAUUAUGGUGGGAAGGGAUACGCGGGAGAGCGGUGUUAAGCUGGUUGAGGAGAUUGUGGAGUUGAUGGGCAAUUUUAACUGCUCGGUUGUGGAUUAUGGCGUGGUCAGCACGCCACAGCUGCACUACCUGGUGGCAUGCAGCAACAAACUCAAUAUGUUGGUGGAGAAGGAGAGGUACUUUGAUAUGUUCGUCGAUUUUAUACGUUUUGCAGAUCUGAGGGAGAAGGUGAAGGUUGAUACGUCCAAUGGUGUGGCGGGGUACGUGCUCAGCGGUAUUAAUGAGCGUUUGUGUGCGGUGGGGUACUUUGAUGAUGGGAAGGAGACUGGCAGUGAAAAUACGGCGAAGCAAUUCGAUGACGAGAAAGAGCAUGGCAGUGCAAAUGCGUGUGAGAAGGAACACGGCACGGAUAUGAAGCAGGAACUGUUCGUUAUUACGAACAAGGAUGGUGAGGUGAAUGAUCGGUGCGGUGCACAGUACAUCCAGUACGAAAAGGAAGUGCCCUGUCACUUGGAGAAUGCGAAGGGCCUGUACGCAUCCUUUGAUGGUGACAUGGACCGUUUCAUAUACUUUACAGUCAACGAUGGACUGACGUACAUGGAUGGAGACAGACAGGCAAGCAUCCUUGUGCGGUACCUGAGCGAGAAGGUGAACUGCAGAAUAGGAUGCGUGCUGAGUGAUUACAGCAACAGUGCAGCGGUGAAUUACGUUGGAAAGUAUUGCGAGGCUGUCAGGGUGAGAACAGGCAUAAAAAACUUCAUCAAGAAGAGCAAGGAGUACGACAUAGGCGUGUACAACGAGCCGAAUGGGCACGGUGGCAUAUUCUUCGGCAAGGAAGAUAUAGGAGACGAGGAGAUCAACAAGAUCAUAGAGAUGUAUAGAGACUGCGUUGCCGAUCCUCUGGCCAAUUUUCUACUGCUCGAGUACCUGCGCAAAACACGACCUGCUCUCUUUGAGGACACGUACGUGCCCUUUCCCUCCAGGAUGUUGCAGGUGUCUGUGGCAGAUCCAACGGUGGUGGUCAACUCAGAGAACCUUGAUGUGCUUGAACCCGUUGCCUUGAAGAACGUGAUCGGCAACAUCAUGAAGAACGAGAAGGGCAAAGUUUUUGUACGGCCCUCCGGAACAGAGAACGUUAUAAGAAUAUUCUGUGAGGCAAAGGACAACGUAGAUGUAAUGUGCCUUACGGUAGCACAGGCUGUUUACGAUAUAUGUGGCGGUGUUGGUAAACAUCCUGAGAUCAGCUAUGUUUGAUAAAAUCCGUUUUUGGUCUAAGCUCCGUUGCCUUACCUCAUUUUGUGUUGUAAACGGUUCAUUUUGUAUUAAAGUUGCGCGUGCGCAUUGUUCCUGCUCUUACGAUUGCUAUAAAGGACAGCAAUGUGCUUUUUAUGCAUAAAUGCACAUUGUUACUGCUCUAACGGUUAUGCUAUGAACACGCCUUUGAUUCUUGGCAGCUGUCAGUUCAUGCAUUUGUGCUGCAAGCCGAUUUAUUGGGUGUGGCUUUUUCAGGUCAUGCAAUUUUCUGUUUUGUUCUUAUGAACUUUCCUUUUUGGUGUGCACAAUGGUUUUUAUUGGUAGCCUUUUUUCAAAGUGUAUCUGCCGAAUUGGACCAUUGUUUGUUUGCAAGAAGUGUUUUUGGGCUUAUACGCUCGUUCAGCUGCAUAUCAUGUUUAGUUGACUUAUCUCUCAGGACUUCUGCAUCAGCCAUGGUCAAAUGCAUUACAUAUUCAUGCAUCUGCAUAAAUACACCCCUUUUACUCGUAUCCAUUUAUGCAUUUCUAUGCUAUGUUCUUAUAUCCAAUCAGUACUAUCUUUGCUCGCCAUGAAUAGGAUCCUUUCUCCGUAUCAACAAUCUUCUAUUUUUUAACACAAGUAUUUCAGCAGAAUUGACCGUUUCCCCAUAAUUUUUACAAAUGUCCCCCUGUACGUCGUACCAAACGAUGUUUCAACGCAUCGAUCAAUGUACCAAGUAUACAUGCUGCGAUUAUGUUUGGAAUUGUUCAAGAUUUUCUUCAUUUAUCAUUCAUUAUGCGUUCUUACACAUUUUUAUGCAUGAUUGUUCCAAUAA